AGGAGGAGCGCUCGGUGUUGGUUUGCUCGGAGCGGCGCUGAUCGUGUUCACACUGACCGGCAGCAUGGCAGGAGAAAGCGAGGCCGAUCUGGAGCACCGUGAUCCCGAGCACACACACACCAUCCGACAGCCUUUCCUCAUCGGGGUGGCGGGGGGCACCGCCAGCGGAAAGUCAUCUGUAUGUGGGAAGAUUAUGGAGCUUCUUGGCCAAAAUAAAAUUGACCAUCACCAAAGGCAGGUUGCCAUCCUGAGUCAGGACAGUUUCUACAAGGUGCUUACUCCAGAACAGAAGGCCAAAGCUCUUAAAGGACAAUUCAACUUUGAUCACCCAGAUGCAUUCGAUAAUGAGUUAAUAAUUAAGACUCUGUGGGACAUCAUGGAGGGAAGAACAGUUCACAUCCCAGUCUAUGACUUUGUAACCCAUUCCAGGAAGAAGGAAACAGUGACAGUGUACCCAGCUGACGUGGUGCUCUUCGAGGGGAUUCUUAUGUUCUACUCUCAGGAGAUCCGGGAUUUAUUUCAGAUGAAGCUGUUUGUGGACACAGAUGCUGAUACACGACUCUCACGCAGAGUCUUGCGAGACAUCAGUGAGCGAGGACGGGAUCUGGAGCAGGUCUUAACUCAAUAUAUCACAUUUGUGAAGCCUGCUUUUGAAGAGUUCUGCCUUCCAACAAAAAAGUAUGCUGAUGUGAUCAUACCGAGGGGAGCUGAUAAUCUAGUUGCCAUUAAUCUGAUAGUGCAGCACAUCCAGGACAUUCUGAAUGGUGGCUUGACCAAACGACUGAACGGUUGUCUUAAUGGCCACACAACUCCUCGCAAGAGGCAGCCAUCAGAGUCAAGUAGCAGGCCACACUGAUAUGCCCUACAAGAGAACUACAGAAGAGUGGCAAUGGAAAAGGGACUUGAAGGAUAGUUGUGUGUGUAUAUACUGACAAUUUGCAAACUGUAUUUAAAAAGAAAAACAAUUCAAGAAAUGCCUUCUUUGACUUGCUACAGUGUUACUGUUUUGUUUUUUGAAUGACUGCUGCACUUAUUUGUGAGGGGAAAAAAGGUUCCUUGCUGCAAAAACUUGGUCAAAGCUAUACUUCCUGUUAUUAUUCUUCCUGCUGUUAACUUGUGCAGAUUUUAUCCAUCUGGCCCCAGAUUAUGUGUUUCAUAAAAAAUAAUGAGUAUGGGUGACUUAAAGUGAAUUUGCCAAAGGGACAUAGCUGGUAAAGACAUGCACUGACUUUUAUGACUUUAAUAGAACUAAGAAAUCAUAUUUUCAAGGUUAAAGUACAACUUCUGCCUCUUUGUAGUAUUAUUGCCUCCAGAGCAUUUCAGCUCAUUUGCUGUAUGUUAGAGCUUGUUCCAAGAGACCCGUGACUUGAUUCUGAAUGAGGGAUAUGUUUUUUUAAUCCUUCAUUUUUGGUAACAUCUAUCUUCAUGAUAAGUAGGUCAGGCCUUAUAUUGUAUCCUGUACUGUAAAAUAGAGCUCAGUGACAUGUUAUGAACAGUAUGUGAACAUAACAGAGAUAGUUGUGUGUAAGCAAAAAAAAAAAAAAAAGGUUGUGGAUGUUCUCCAGGUCCUAUGCAGUAUGUUGAAAGACAGAUUCUUUUAAUACAUCUUAAAGUAUAUGCAGAUUCAGCAAAUAAACCAAGAUCUUGGGUGGCUCUUCUGUACUUUAUUCGAUGUAGUGUUUUCAGACCUUUUAACAACAUUCAGAGGCAGAUGAUAAAUUGCAAAUAUAUUCAUUUUAUUUAACAGAAUUUCUUUCUUUCAGAUAAUUCAGUUCUUUUUUGUCAGCGGCAAACAUUAAGCACAUAUGAUGGCACUCAGUAUGUAUUUUUUUUUGUACCACAGAAACUAUUUUGUCAUUUUUGCUUAAGGAAAUAGUAGCUUCAGUUUUCUUUCUAACUCAGGAUCUCAUGUUUAUGCAUGGGAUUUAUGCAGGGACUUAUGCAUUGGACAAGUGACUUUACUUAUUUUUUUUAUAAGGGCUCAUCAAUACUGAACCUCUUCUAAGAGUAUAAUCUUGUCCUGACUAACAGACUUUGUAUCUCUAAUAUUUGUUUAAUAUUUAUUAUUUUUCAGAGUCACAUUAUUCUCAGAAAUGAAUCAAUACUGUAGAUGUUUUUGCAUUGUCCUUUGUGUCCUGGCAUACACUUCUUUGACUUUUUUCCUGCUACACAUUUUACAUCUACACUGCUGCUGUGGUACAGGGUAAUUGUUAAAUAGUUGAGUAGUGUAAUUUAAGUGUAUUAUCAAAAUAGGUUGUUUGUAAGCCAGUGAAUUUAUAUUUAAUUGUUAAUUUAGGAGAAUGCAGUCAAAUAAAAAAAUGCACCCUGCUCUCAGGGAUAAAUAGAGAAUUGUUCAUUUGUGGCGUUAAAAGGCCUAUUUGGUCUUUCCCUAAUAAAUACGAGUUUUUUGACAA